CAACUCGAUAUUCAAAAGGUUAAUCAAGACAACGCCACCAUCAACCAUACGUUAGAUGAGGUUAAGAAUCGCCUAACACACGUUGAAGAUUCACUUCAAUAUUCUGGCUGGCGUCAGGACUCUUGUGAGGAAAGGCUACGCUCUGUAGAAUCUAGCAUGUCGUCAUCACAAGGUCAGGCUGGCCGUAUCCAGACUCUUGAACGCACCAUAGAUAAAAUGGAACAACAAUCGCGAAUGAAUAAUUUAGAAAUAUGCAACAUGCCUGAGAAGCGCGGUGAAAACUUAAUUAGUAUUAUCAGCGACAUAGGAACCGCUAUUAAAUUCACUUUUACGCCCAGUGACAUUGUCUCAAUACAUCGUGUACCACAUGCCGACCCCAGCUGCAAUCGCCCAAAAAACAUAAUAGUGCGUUUUACCUCAGUCAUACUACGUGAUAAUAUUUUGGCUGCGUUUCGCCUUGCGAAAGGACUCAAUACUUCACAAAUAAACAUAACAGGAUCCCCGCAAAAAAUAUAUCUGAACGAGCAUUUAACACUUAAAAACAAGCUGUUACUACGACAGACUCGUGAAGCAGCCUUGAAGCAUAACUUUAAGUUUGUAUGGGUUCGACAUGCCACUAUAUUGGUGCGCAAAGAUGACACUUCACCAAUAAUAGCUAUACGAGCGACUCACGAGCUGAGUAAGAUAUCACCGAGUAGUUCCUGACCAAUAUAGAUCUAGACUUUUCACUAACUCAAAGAUGUGUUGUAUUUUUGCUUUUAUGUUAAUCUUAUACCAGUGCUGCAUACAUAUAAUAGCCACCUGUAAUCUAUUAAAGUCGCGUAAUUUGUGCGUGGGCAUUUUAUUGUUUUUGUUUAAAGAAU